UAGCCAAUCUGCGACGCAGGGCAAGGACUGUCAAGGGAGGCCUUAACAGCAGCUGGCAAAAUAUUGACAGUUUAUCAAGCAACGAAACUCGGGAUUUGCUGUUUUUGUGACUAUAGCUGAGUAACACCGGUUAGGAUUGGAAGGUGCAGCCGAGCUAGGGUGUAGUGAAGUCGGGGAGAGGAGGAGGGGACGGUCCGGACAGGAGAAAAACAAAGAUGUCUGUGUAGUUAAACUAGGCAAAUCCUAGCGAACUGUCUGAACAUCUCUCAGAUUUUUCCAAAACUGACACGUCCCGGAGGUCCAGUGGAUAGCGAGCUGGCACCAGGGACAAAACGUUUACCGACCUGCCGAACCGGGCCGUUAUGAACGGCCGCUCAUGCGCUGUCACGGCAAAUAACUGCGACUUGACAACACAAAAACAUCUGACGGGUUGUUUUGUUCUAGCUAGACAAGGGCGAGGACUGGAGUGUUUUGUGAGCUUGUUAGCUAUAGCAUGUAGCUAGCUGAAUAUAUUCGUUAAACUGCCAGUCAACAGCGCUACAUUUAUACGAAAACGACCGUCAAAUAACGAUUUUUGGAAAUUUCUAGAACGUUAGGUGAAUGUCCGUUUGUUAAAUUCAAAGCGUAUUGCGCAACAUUGCUUACAAACUAGCUAGCUAGCUAACGUGUAUUCCAGCUCUGACUUCUUGCUAGCCAGCUGACCGUUAGCUGUCCUGGCUUUCCCUUGCCUAGCCUGGUGUAGCUAAAUCUGCCAGCUAGCUAACAUUUUGGCGACAGGUCGCUAGAUUACGCUUGACAAACACCAUUACCACCACCCACCAUGUCCUCGAUGGAAGAGCGUGGUGAGGUGGGCGUCGCGGCGGCUCCAGGCUCCUCAAGCGGACUGGGGGUUGGGGCGGUGGGGGCAGCCCUGGAGACAGUGGUCGGUGGGCCAUCAAUGCAAGAGGAGGUGGGCUUCCGAAGAGGAGAGGGGCUCGGGCCCGAGUCGGACCCGGACGAGCCGCCGCCCAAGAAGCGGAUGAGACUGCCGGAGGGAGAGUCGGGAAAGCUGGAAGAGAGGCUGUAUUCAGUGCUGUGCUGCACGGUGUGUUUAGACCUGCCCAAAGCCUCCGUUUAUCAGUGCACCAACGGUCACCUGAUGUGUGCUGGCUGUUUCAUCCACCUGCUGGCUGACUCUCGUCUGAAAGAGGAACAGGCCACUUGUCCUAACUGCAGGUGUGAGAUCACCAAGUCUCUGUGUUGUAGGAACCUGGCUGUAGAGAAGGCUGUGAGUGAGCUGCCCACAGACUGUCCCUUCUGUCUCAAACAGUUCCCUCGCUCCAGCCUAGAGAGGCACCAGAAAGAGGAGUGCCAAGACAGGGUGACGCAGUGUAAGUAUAAGCGGAUUGGCUGCCCAUGGAAGGGACCGUUCCACGAGCUACCAGCCCACGAGGAGGAGUGCUGCCAUCCCACCAAGACUGGCACAGAGCUGAUGGGCAUCCUGGGGGAGAUGGACCAGAGCCACAGCAGAGAACUAACCCUUUACAACUCUAUAUUCUCCCUGCUCUGUUACGAGAAGAUAGGCUUCACAGAGGUCCAGUUCAGGCCGUACCGGACAGAUGACUUCAUAACUCGUCUGUACUAUGAAAGUCCUCGUUUCACCGUGUUGAACCAGACCUGGGUACUGAAGGCCAGAGUCAAUGACUCAGAACGCAACCCUAACCUCUCGUGCAAACGCACCCUCUCCUUCCAACUCAUCCUCAAGAGCAAGGUGAACUCGGCUAUAGAGUGUUCCUUCCUGCUGUUGAAAGGUCCGUACGAUGAUGUGAGGAUCAAGCCUGUGAUUCACCAUCAUGCGUUCAGCAACGACACCAACGAGACUGACUACGUCCCCCUGCCCAUCACCGACUCUGUGGAGUGUAACAAACUACUGGCCGCUAAGAACAUCAACCUACGUCUCUUCAUCUUCCAGAUCCAGAAAUAGACAGAGGAGGAGGAGGACCGAGAGAGACGUGUAGAGGACGUGAGGGAGAGAGAAGUUUGAGUUUAAAGUGAGACACCACUCAUACCUCUUUACACACACACACACACACACACACACACACACACACACACACACACACACACACACACACACACACACACACACACACACACACACACACACACACAGGACCACAUAUUGAGAGAGUUAGGGAACCCCACCAUUUCAGAUGCUGCUUUUAGUGUUGCUAUGAUUUACUAUGGGGGUGUUAGGGGAGAUGGGGUUGUCACUAUGGAGACCGGAUGGUGUUGCUAGGGGAAUUCAUCUGUAUGGACUGAGGAAGUUGUUACUAUGGGGGUGUUAGGGGAGAUGGGGCUGUCACUAUGGAGACCGGAUGGUGUUGCUAGGGGAAUUCAUCUGUAUGGACUGAGGAGUUGUUACUAUGGGGGUGUUAGGGGAGAGGGGGUUGUCGCUAUGGAGACAGGAUGGUGUACCUGUGGAGUUGAGUCUGUCUGACCUUUCACCCUUUGACCCCAGAGCCAAAGGUAGCUCAUACCCACCAAAGCAGGAUGAACCAUACGAGAGUGUGUGUGGUAUGAUACUCUGAGUAAAUGUGUGUGCGUAUGUGUUCCAAAGAUGUGAAUGUGAGCUUUUGAACUCUGUUGACCACUCAGCUAGUCUGUCCUAUAGAAUGGAAGGGUGGGUUAUCUGUAUACAUACACUCUGACCUGUUCCUAGUCUGUCCUAUAGAAUGGAAGGGUGGGUUACCUGUAUACAUACACUCUGACCUGCUCCUAGUCUGUCCUAUAGAAUGGAAGGGUGGGUUACCUGUAUACAUACACUCUGACCUGCUCCUAGUCUGUCCUAUAGAAUGGAAGGGUGGGUUACCUGUAUACAUACACUCUGACCUGCUCCUAGUCUGUUUGAUUAGGACAGCCGUCCAUUUUGUUCUGAGACCAACCCAGAGCAGAGCCAAGAUGGCAGUGUUUUGCAUGCUCCUUUUAGUUAGUACUUAAAAAAUGAGUUGUGAUUUAAAUAUUUAACCUCAAGAAGUUAACUUAUACCUCCUUUUUUAUUUCUUUUUAACCCUGAAUAUUUAAAAUCCUUUGAAUUUAGCCUUUUUUAGUUUGGUAUUAGUGUGGCUGUGCGCUUGCGUGUGUGUGCACGGUGUUGCUCGCGUGCGUUUGUGUUGAGACAGAUACAUUUAGGGCCCUGGUGAUCACAUCCCUAUAAACAGAUUCUUGCAUGGCCACACACACACACACACACACGCACGCAUACACACAAUCGGCAGACCUCUUAGGCCUGCUCAGAAACCAACAUCUGUGUAUGUAUGUGUGUGUGGACUCCUUCUGCUCGGGUUGGGCCGUGCUCGAACCGGAGAACCCAGAACCCUGAAACGGACCUGAAGGGAACCCCAGCUAGUGUGACAGACUGGGUUUGAAUCUGGUUUGUCUGCAUGCCACAAGACCGUGUUAGUCCUCUAAGCUAAAGCCUAGGGCGUUAUCUUGGGGAGGUCCCCCCGUAGAAGGGUGGUUCCCCUCCGGAAGACGGAAAAGAGAAUCUGAACGGUCCACCGGCUCAACGCUGUUUCACAGGACUAAGGGCUCGAUUCCAUCAGAUCCGCUUUAGCUAACAUCUGCAGAGUGGUUGUUUUUGCGGUCAAAUCCACAAGUAAAGCCGGACAUUCCCAUUGGCUGCACGGAGUCACAUGAACAGAAAUCCCAUGCAGCCUUGUUUAUAAGUUCAACACUGGAAUGUGAGAUGUAAUCUACACCUCGAUUUAGGGAUGAAAGAAAUCCUCAUUUAGUUUAAUGAUUUUUCAAUUUGAGCAUAAAUAUUUCUAUAUAGCCUACACGUUCUCGUUGUGAACUUCUGCAGCGAGUGGGGCAGGUGUGGUAGGUGUGGUUUCCUGACAAUGAUCGCAAGAGUAGCUGCUCAGCAAUUUUUGACGGCUCAAACUAAGUUCCACCGCCAAAACAUCCGCUAUGCUGGUGUCUUCUAUCGCCGGUUAACUCAUGAUCUGAUUGUAUCUAGACCUAGCUCACGACUCUGGUUUUAAAUGGGGAGAAUCCUGGAUGGACCUUUUGACUUUGGGAACUGGAAAUUUGUGUGUGUGUGUGGGGGGGGGGGGGGGGGGGGUCUGGUGCGUUACUAUGGUGACGUGUUUAGAGUGUUAGUUACUUGAAUGAUGCUGAGAUGACGAUGUUACUAAAAAGUAGAAUCUACUGUGAUAGCUCUGUCUCUCCUCCUGACCUAUUUAGGUUGAGUGUUUCUAUAGAUCUGACUCCUCCGGGCCUAUCUAGGUCUUGUAUUUCUGUGUUUUAAUGCUUUUCGUCUCUAUGCCAAUAGACUCACUGACUCAUCUCACUAUGGCUGUACAUGUGCCUUUUAUUAAAGAUCAUGGAAACUGAAA